AUGCUAUUAGAAGUAAACAAAAAGCUCCAGGCGCGGUCGGAGCGCGUCAAAUCGGUCGAUUUCCACCCCACCGAGCCCUGGGUGCUCGCAGGAUUAUACGAUGGCAGCGUAAACAUUUACAACCACCACACGGGCGCCGUCGUCAAGACAUUUGAGGUCGCCCAGGUCCCCGUCCGGUGCUGCCGCUUCAUCGCGCGCAAAAACUGGUUCGUCACGGGUUCAGACGAUUUCCAUUUACGCGUAUGGAACUAUAACACGCACGAAAAGGUGAUUGCAUUCGAGGCGCACCCAGAUUAUAUUCGAUGUCUUGCUGUCCAUCCGACGCUGCCACUUGUCUUUACCGGGAGCGAUGAUAUGACUAUCAAGAGCUGGGAUUGGGAAAAGGGAUGGAGAAAUUCCGUGACAUUCCAAGGCCACACGCACUAUAUUAUGAACAUUGCAAUCAAUCCAAAGGACCCACAGACCUUUGCUACUGCCUGCCUUGACCGCACCGUCAAAGUAUGGAACCUCGCGACCCCCCAUGCAAACUUUACACUCGAAGCACACGAACGCGGUGGGGUAAACUAUGUCGAAUAUCAUCCCGACCCACACAAACCGUACAUUAUCACCACGGGCGAUGACAGGACGAUCCGGGUAUGGGAUCUCCUGUCCAAAUCGUGCAUCCAAACACUCGAGGGCCACACCGCAAACGUAUCCUGGGCCGUAUACCUCACCACGGGUGUACCCCUCAUCGUAUCCGGAAGUGAAGACGGCAUGGUCAAGUUGUGGAACGCGGGCACGUAUCGCUUGGAGAAUACCCUCAACUAUGGCAUGGAACGCGUAUGGUCCGUCGGUCUCAAUAACGCCAAGGGUGCAGCCGGAGGGAAUGAGAUUGCGAUCGGGUAUGAUCAUGGGCUGGUCGUACUCAAGUUGGGCAAAGACGAGCCAUCGUAUUCGCUUGAUUCGAGCGGCAAGCUCAUCUAUGUCAAAGGCAGCGAAGUCCAGACCGCCAAUCUUGGGAAUCUGCUAGAGGAUGGUGCGAUUGAGAAACUCCCCGAUGGCGCGAGGGUGCCUGUUACCCUCAAAGAAUUGGGCUCGACAGAAGUAUUCCCGACGAGCAUCCAACACUCGCCCAAUGGACGAUUCGUCACCGUCGUCGGUGAUGGGGAGUAUAUCAUCUAUACCGCGCUCGCGUGGCGAAACAAGGCGUUUGGUCAGGGCAACAGCUUUGCGUGGGCGGAGGAUAGCAACACAUACGCCGUUCUUGAGGGAAAGCUCAAAGUUAGACUGUGGAAAAACUUUAAGGAAAAGAAGGAAAGCUUAAAAGGUGCCGGUGGAUGGACCGUCGAAUCGUUGCAUGGUGGCCCACUCCUUGGUGCUCGAGGGAAUGGGUUCGUUGUUUUUUGGGAUUGGGAAUCGGGAGAGAUUGUUCGACGAGUCGAAGUGGAGAGCAAAAACAUCUAUUGGUCGACGUCUGGAACGCUCGUGGCUAUUACCUCGGACGACUCGUUUUACAUUCUCCGCUUUGAUCGAGCUGCGUAUCAAGCUGCGCUUGAUUCGGGCGUGCCUAUUGGUGACGAGGGGUGUGAAGAGGCAUUUGAAGUCGUCGUGGAGAUUUCAGAAAAUGUCAAGACUGCGAAGUGGAUUGGCGAUUGUUUCGUCUAUACCAACUCGGCGAACAGACUCAACUACCUCUUGGGCACGCAAACGAGUACGGUCACUCAAUUUGAGACCCCGCUAUAUCUGCUAGGAUACAUACCGUCGCACAACAAAGUUUAUCUGGUAGACCGUGAGAUGGCGGUGUAUGCAUACUCGCUUUCUCUGGCUGUCGUCGAGUAUCAGACGGCAAUCCUAAGAAGGGAUUUGACAGCGGCCGCAGAGUUGCUGGCCAACGUACCUGAGGGGGAGAAGAACAAGGUGGCGCGAUUCCUCGAAGCACAAGACCUAAAGCAUCUGGCACUCCAAGUGACCAACGACCCGGAGCACAAAUUCGAAUUGGCAAUUGCUUUAGAUGAGCUGGACAUGGCGCUCACAUUGGCGGAGCAGACGCCUGCUCCAGAGAACGAGGUCAAAUGGAAGAUGGUGGGCGAUACGGCGUUGAGUCGGUGGCGAUUUGGGUUGGCGAGGGAAUGCUAUCGACGUGCUAAUGAUAUUGGCGCGCGGUUCUUGAUCGAGUCGGCAUUGAGUGACCGAACUGGGCUGCGAGAGGUGGCCAAGGAUGCUGCUGGCAAAGGGCAGAAUAACUUGGCGUUUGCGGCGUUGUGGCAGCUCGGUGAUCCCAAGGCAGCGGUAGACUUGUUGAUCAAGACGGAUAGAAAAGCUGAAGCUGCGUUGAUGGCGCGGACAUAUGCACCCAGUCGUAUCCCAUCUGCUCUGCAAUCUUGGCGUGUGGAUCUGGAGAGCAAGGGCCAGUCAAAGGCCGCCAACCUGCUUGCGGAUCCAAGUCGUGGACAGGACGCCGAAAUGUUUGAAGAGGGAUGGGAAAAUGCACUACAGAGGGAGCAACAGAUCUAUGGACGGGAUACGAAUGGGACUGACGUUGGACCCGUCCUAGAGUGA